AUGCCAAAUCUCGACUACCUGCUCACAAGGCCACAGCUCUUCCUCGUCCUCGAAACACUAGAAGGCGGCUCCAUCUGCCUGCUCUGCCUCUCCAAUCUCAUCUCCAACCCUCGCUCUCCCACCGUUCACGUCUCUUACGCUCUCUCUCAGCUCUCCCAAGCCAUCUCCCAAGCACCCUUCCUCCACGACCUCCUUAUUUAUCACCCUCACUUCCUUGUCUCUCCCCUCGUCGAUGCCCUCUCCUCCUUUGACGACGAGCCCAUCGCUCGCCAAGUCACCGAUCUUGUCUCUCAGCUUUCCAAUAUAGCCGAUGAUUCGGUGUAUGGUGAGUUCUUGGAUCGGAUCGCCAGUCGUCUCUCGUCCUCCACGUUGGCUUGGAGUUGCCGCCAGGUCUACACGCUUCAUUGCCUUGGCAUUCUACUGAGUCAUCAGAAAUAUGAUCCCUAUCACCACAUCAGUGACAAAGAAGCCUUCAUUUUCAACCUUGUUGCUGUGUUCUUCAUCCUUGCUGAGAACAGUGAAGAAAUACGUGGAGAGAUCUUCUUUGUCCUUUAUAAAACAUCAAUGCUCCAGUAUGCCAAGGAGGACAAUGAUACCAUUGAUCCUUUGUUUCCUUAUUCUCCUAAGCUAUUGCAUCUCUCACUGGAAGCCCUCAUGAAGACUGAGAGUGAUGAUGUUCGCUUGAACUGUCUAGCCCUUCUGAUUGUUCUCGCUCAGAGAGGGUCCUUUGAGAAUGCAUGUAAACAUAACAUGAACAGCGAGGUUUUUUGUCAAGAUGACAAUUUCAAGCAAACAACGGAUCAAGUAAUUGAUGGGCCUCCUCUGAAUUUCUUGUUUGCUGAGGCCAUAAAAGGUCCACUGCUUUCUUCUGAUAGCGAAGUGCAAGUCAGAACAUUGGAUUUAAUCUUUCUUUAUCUGUCACGGGAUGGCAGUUCAGGAAACGAGAAGGCAUUGGUGGAAGAAAACAUUGCAGAUUAUGUAUUUGAAAUACUAAGAUUGUCAGGGUGCAAGGAUCCUAUUGUGACUUCUUGCCUCCAAGUUCUUGACCUUUUGUCAAAAGCUGAGCAUGCCUUCAGACAAAGGCUUGCUAUUGGAUUUGCUACUCUGUUCCCAGUUCUGUAUUAUGUUGCUGGUGUUCCUUUUCACCCUGUUCAAGCUCCGACACUAAAGCUCAUAUGGAAAUGCUUUUCACAUUGUCCUGGAAUAGUAUCCACAUCACACCUUGAAGAAAUAAGCUUUACUGUGUCGGGGAUGCUCAGAAAAUAUACCAAUGGGGAGAUAGGCAUGCUUCCAGAAACAUUCUCCAUGGCUUGCUCUAUCCUCGUUGCUAUUAUGAAAUUUCCAUCUUCUCCAGGGAUUUCCAAUUUCACAACAGCUGUUCAAGAGGCAUCCAAGCAUGCUAUUUUGAUUUGUACAAGCAACCAUGGAAAGUAUCCCAUCCUCUUCAUGCACUCUCUCUACCUACUGAAAGAAGCUUAUGCAUACAGUUGUCAGAAGGACUCCACCGGCUCCAUUCAGAUGGAAUUGAGAAACUGCAUUCUCAGUGUCUGUAAAACCAAUUUAUUGCCUUGGUUUGUGAAGGUCGUCAAUGAAAUGGAAGAGGACAUUGUGUUUGGAGUAUUAGAAACUUGUCAUUUGAUACUGCUUCAGGAUUCUUAUAUACAUGCUGUAGAAUUUGCAAAUAUUUUGGUCACGUUAUCUUGGUUUUGCUUUUCAUUUGGAUGUUUAGGUCUAUUUCCAACAGAAAGGAUGAAAUGGAUAGUCUAUCAGAUUUUCAGUUCAAUUCUAGACAUCCUUCUGGGAAAUGAAUUUGGUAAACCCAUUAGGGAUGCUGCUUUACAUCUACCCUCUGAUCCUACAGAUUUUUUGUUCUUGCUGGGGCAGAAGAGUUCCAAUAAUUUAGAAUUGCUUUCUUGUCAAUCUGCUGUACUGCUGGUACUAUAUACGAGCUCACUGUAUGAUGAUUGGUUUGCAGAUGAGAAGCUGGUUUUAGCAUCUGUGGAGCAAUAUAUUCUAGUUAACAGCGGUGAAUUCCUUUAUGAGGCUGUGGAUUCAGUUCCAAUGGAGUUGCUGAUAAAUCUUUACAGCCUAUAUAGGGGUCUCGCAAAGAUGAGUUACCAAAUCCCCUACAGCCCAGAGGCUGAAAGAAUAAUGUUCCAUCUAAUAAAUGAAAAUAAAUGGGAUUUGUCUUCAGCAAGAAUUCACUUUAAAUCAAUGAAAUGGUUAUUCCAACAGGAGAAAAUAUGCAAGCCAUUGUCCUGUCAGAUCCUGAAGUUAUGCCAAUGCUUUUACUUAUAUGGAAACCCCAUCCUCAUGCAUGAAAGCAGUGGCAAAAACAUAGAUAUAAGGACAAUAGCAGAACUAGCGGCAUCAGAAGAUAACUUUGUGGCAACACUCCUGGUAUAUGUGCUGAAAGAGCUUGUAGAAGAAGACGACCAGAAACCUGUAAUUAUUUCUGUAUUGGGUACCAUUGCAAUGAUUAUUAACAUAUUUCCAGCUGCUGCUGACCAAUUGUGCUUGCAUGGGAUCAGCACUGCAAUCCAGAGUCUUUUUUAUCAUUUCGGACAUUCUUCUCCAGAAAUGUUCAUGGUUGUCUCUCGGCUUACUUUUGGUAUUCUACAUUCAGUGCAUUCAGUGUCACUUUCCGAGGACAAAGCUUGGCUUGCCAUCACAAUGAAGGGACCUGCUCUAAUUGACCAUGAAGAGGGAACAAAAACAGGAGAAAUUCUGUUAUUUGUGCUUGUAUUACACUUCUUUUCAGUACGAAGUAUGCCUGCUGUUUUACCAGGGAUGGUGGAUUGGUUAUGUUUUCUUGAUCAAGCCAAUGGUUUGCCGCCAUUUUCUUUCAUAAGCAUUUGUUGCAAGGACUUGUGCAGGCUGAUCCAUUUUGGUUCAUCUCCAAUCAAGCUGGUUGCUUCAUAUUGUCUGUUGGAGCUCUUAACAAGAAUAUCAAAGCAGCAAACGGAAAAAUCAGAUCAGUUAACCUGCAGCACUAAAUGGCUGUUGUCUAUAACAGCUGUUUUGGAAGGCCUAGUUUUUUGCAGUGACAUCAACGUGGCCCUGAACUGUAGCUUCAGCUUAUCAAUGAUUCUGGGGUGGGACAAGCUCGACAUAGAGUUGAGAGCCAAGCAAGGAAAGAACUGGUGCAGGUUGAUUGUAGAAGAGCUGGCAAUAUCCUUGGCAGUUCCAUCUUUGGCCUCAAAAUCCUUUAUGAUCCAUCACAAGCCCGCAGUUCAUGUAGUAGUUGCAUUGCUAAAACUGCAGAAGGAUUCUGACUGGUUGCAUUCUGUUUUUGAUGAUUCUUGCAUAGGAGGUAUAAUUAAAAACCUUUCAGCUAGCAACGUGAGUUCUGAGAUAGUGCUUUUAUUUAAAGAGCUACUAAAUGCUGGCUACCUGAAAGAUGAACAUAUUGCUAGUCUAAGUAGGGUAUUCCAGGCAUGCAGGAAAUUUUGGUACACCAAUGAUUCUCAAGGUGCCAAAGAGGAGCAUAUGGAAAAGGUAAUGGCCAUCCCUGAAGAUACAGCCAUAGCCUGUCAGUUUCUUAUGAAGAUCAUUUCUUCCCAAACAUGUCUAGAUAAGGAUUCUAGGGACUGCACCUUGAAAGCAAUAGAUUGUUAG